CACCUCCCCCAUCGCCGCCUCUUUGUCCCACGCUGCUGUUGGUUUGUACGCCAGCUGUCCCAAUUCCUCGCGUCGCCGCCCGCCGAUCCGUCACUGCACGAUACGCCGUUUGCGCCAUCUGCCGGCAGCCAACCGGCCUGCCUUCACUCCCGACUCACCUUCACCCCGAUCUCCCCCCCCACUCCACCUCUCUCGCUCGACCAUCCCGCUUCUUCCUCUCCGAUUCUGCUUCAACCCCACACCGUCUCGCUCCCUCACCCCAGCAGCAAUGGCUGCCGCUGUCGCCAGGGCCCCGCCCCUCCAUUCGCGCUCGCCGACGCCUCCCCCGAACCUCAGCUUGAACACUACCACGAGAGGCACUCCGGCACCGGUGCCGAACAAGCACCUCCCCGUCUGCAGCCCGGGCCCCCAACCUGCCCAGCGUGGCCUUGAGACCCCACCCUCGUCGCCGCCAUGCAAGUCGGCCAUCAUUGAGAUGGCCUCGGUGACCUCACCUCCGGACAACUUUCAAAGAAUCUCAGACGAGCCUCCCGUCUACAAGAUAGACGCGAGCACCCUGGCUCAGGCGGUAGAGCACAUUGCAACCCAGCCCCUACCUGACCCAAAGAGCGUCUUCCCUUGGCUCCACGGACUGCAUUCUGAGAACCAGAUCCAACUUGCCUUCUUCGUCCAGCGUCGGAAGUCACUGCGUAAGGUGCCCAAAUGCAUCAGAGGUCUCACGAUCGUCAAGGCUGGCGGAGAUCUCAACUCCUCUAAGCUCAAGGGUGCCGUCCCGCCUUCCGAGCUGCUCCUCACCCAGAACUCGUCACGCGAGCCUGCAUCCUUCCUUGAGAUUGACCCGCGCGACGGAUUUUCAGUGCGCAACUUCCAGAUCCAGGCCUGCAAGAUGGCGACUGUCUCAGACAUUGUCGUCUACGGUGACGAGAAGACGCCCCGCUCCGAGGUUCUUCAGCUGGCAGAGAAGAUUUCUGGCGCUCAGAGAGCUUGGAAGGAGAAGCACGUGGCCAGCGGUUCAGAGGUGCAGCAUUUCAGUACUUUCAUUGUUACCGAUCCUUUCAGUGUAUUCGAAGAACAUCACAGCAACAUUGUGGCAGUCGAUUCCAAGGGCUGCAUGACGGGAAAUGUCAUGGACUUCUUCUACUGGGAACGCCUUGAGAUGUGUACCAUGUCACGCGCUUCUGAGAUCAGCAACAACGUCUUCCUCGGCCCUACUCCAGACCCCGACAUAGACCCUGAACCAGUGCAAGACUUUGACGUCUUGAUUGAAGCUAGCGACCAAGCAAACUUUCCCGACGCACAGUUCCUUAAGGCGGCUCAGCAGAUGUUGAGCAACCCUGAUCACGACAAGCUUAACAUGGCGUUCCCUUCCUCUGGCAGCAUCAUGCCCCCAACGUGGUCCCACAAUGAGGUCGACAGCCUCAUGGCCAUGUGUGAGUGGAUUUAUAAAGUCGCUAACCCUGCGGAUGCGGUCGAUUCGACCGCUGACAAGGACGGCGAUACUGCGAUGGAUGACACUGCCGUCGCAGCCAAACCCAAGACUAAGAAGGUUUUUAUUCACUGCGCAGACGGCUACACCGAAAGCUCUCUGCUUGGCCUUGCCUACUUCAUGUACGCCGAAGGUCUCCCCGCUCACGAAGCUUGGGUGCGCCUCCACCGCGACCGUAGUCGCAAUUUCUUCGCCUACUCUUCAGACGUCGCUCUCUUGCGCAGCAUCCAGCCACGCAUUCUGCAGGCCUCCCCUACUUACGAGGGCGGCAUCACUAAACUCAUGGAGAACCCCACCUGGAUGGCCAAGGUCGACGGCAGCCUUCCUAGCCGCAUUCUGCCUUACAUGUACCUCGGCAACCUCAACCACGCGAACAACCCUGAGUUACUCCGCGAGUUGGGAAUUAAGCGCGUCCUCAGCGUGGGUGAGGCAGUCUCCUGGCCCAGGGACAUCUACGAGCAGUGGGGCGCCGAAAACAUGCUCUACAUCGACCGUGUCCAGGACAAUGGCGUCGAUCCUCUCACUGAUGAGUUUGCCCGCUGCUUGAAAUUCAUCGAGCGCGGGAAGACGGACGGCGUUGCCACGUUGGUCCACUGUCGCGUGGGUGUCUCCAGAUCGGCUACCAUCUGUAUUGCCGAAGUUAUGAACGAACUGGGCUUGAGCUUCCCAAGGGCCUACUGCUUUGUUCGCGCUAGGCGCCUCAACGUGAUCAUUCAGCCUCACCUUCGCUUCACAUACGAACUCCUCAAGUGGGAGGAAUUCCAACGCCAGAAGCGUGGCGAGCCACUCCGUCGCGAACUUGAAUGGGCCAAUGUCGCACGCGAAAUUGCGCUCAUGAACCGUCCUUAUUCGCGGCAGUGAAAGUUACCCCAGUAUUAUAACAUAUGUUCAAAUAUCUACACUGAUUGGACCUUCAUUUACAGACAGCGGAAUACGUUUACUUGUCUCACCUAUUUCACGCCUGUCUUCACGCCUUGUCCGCCUUAUGCAGCAGGGGCUUCUUCCGAUUUUCUUCGAUUUCCUGGAACUUCUUCAGCAGCCGCUGCACCGUCUUAAGCAACUUUUUCGGCAGAUUGUGCAGCUACUGCUAUAUCUUUACAACACACUCGACGAUGGCACGAACCUGCCGCGCCUCAUACU